AUGCCCGACCUGUUCCAACAAGGCCCUCUCUGUCACCCUGUCCGCUCCAAUGACAACCCAUACAACAUCACUCCACAAGACCUUGAGCCUAGCUACUGUUCCGACCAUAUUCACGAUGAAGGUACUGGCUUGGGCUGCAAGCACUAUAGCAGGAAUGUCAAGGUUCAAUGCUUCGACUGCAACCAAUGGCAUCCAUGUCGACACUGCCACGAUUCUUCGCCAAAUCUACCCUUUGCUCACGGCCUCAAUCGUAAAAUGACACAGAACAUGCUAUGCAUGCUCUGUAGCACCCCUCAACCCGCCGGACCCACAUGCACCAACUGUGGUGUUGACUCUGCCUACUACUACUGUUCCAAAUGCAAACUUUGGGACAAUGAUAGCACAAAGAGCAUAUAUCACUGCGAUGACUGUGGUAUUUGUCGUCGUGGUGAAGGUUUGGGCAAGGACUAUGUCCACUGCAAACGAUGCAACGUCUGCAUCUCAAUAUCAACCAGCAGCACACAUCCCUGCGUAGAGAGAGCAACAGACUGUGAUUGUCCUCUAUGUCUCGAAUACCUCUUCUCCUCAUCGCUACCGGUAGUGAGUCUAGCUUGUGGCCACUACAUGCACGGGAGCUGCUACAAAGAACUCAUGCACGUCACAUAUCGCUGCCCAGUAUGCAACAAAUCUGCCGUCAACAUGGAGCUUCAAUGGCGGAAACUCGAUGAUGAGAUUCGUCUCCAACCAAUGCCAGAAGAUGAGUUUGAGGACUCUGCUGCUGCGAGAGCAAAUCCCACCCAUCGACGUGUUCCUCGAAGAGUAUUUGUGGGCUGUAAUGAUUGCGGAGGAAGAGGCUGGUCCGCCUUCCAUUGGCUAGGUCUAAAAUGUCCCCACUGCGACGGCUACAAU